AUGUAUGAAUUACUCAGAGAUGAACAUAAUAAACCAAUUGUAUUGCGACGCAGCGCACCUAUAAAAUCAGCAACAUUCGCCUCCGAUCAACCACUCAAGACUGACAAUCGUCACAAUUAUUCGAGUAAAACUACAACUAUUUCACGACGACGCCGAAAGCGACUUCCUCCUAAAAUCCGUGUCAUCUUUGUGCCUCAAGUUCCUCCUAUUGGAAUUGGAUGUGUUGCACCAAUGCCCUGUGCAGUACCUGUAGCAAAUCCCUGUUGCAAUCUGGGUAUCGCAGGAUACGGAGGAUUCGGAUACGGUGGAUACAGUGGACUUGGGGGACGUUGCUGUUUUUAA